CAUGUCAAAAUCAAACCCUUUUUAAAAAGUAUCCGGUAAAAUUUCAAUAACAACAAACCGAUGUGAUAUAAAGGGUUUUAAUAUUCCUUUAUCGUGUGGGUGUUGAAAUGUGAUCUAAAAAUAGUGAUUCGUUUUCGGUGGGCUCAAAAUAAAUGUUAGUGAUGUUAACGGCGAUUUAACUACAUCACAAAAUUGUUUGUAAACAUGUCCUUGAGCAUCAAAAGCGGGAAAAAUGAAAGCAAAAGAAUCGUUACGUCUCGAAAUGUUACCAUUGUGAAGCAUUUCAAUCCAAAUGUAUGGCACAGCAAUUAUUGCGAACUACCCGAAGUUGACAAUGCAGAGGAAAUUGAAAAUAGAACAGUGGUACGUAGAAAAUUUGUUAAAAAGAAGCCUUUCAAAAAUAAGAAUAGCGAGGUGAAGGAUGAGACCAAAAGCAUUGGAGGAAAUGAGAUGAAAAACGGCGAAAAAGGAAUAAAAGUGAUAGUUUCUCCAAAACCAAGAGAACUGCCAAAAAGACGCCAGUGCGCUAAAAACACUCCCUCAAAAUCAUCUUUAACUAGUUCCUCUUCAAAUAAAGAACCUCCAGUAACAGAAAAACCAAAGCAACCGUUUCAAAAAUCGAAAUCUUUCUGUGCGACUAGGAAAAAUACUAUCCAUAGCUCCCUUACCAAAAAAGUCAACAAUCUAAUCUCAUUAUCCGGCUCAUUGUUGCCCGAGAGGGAUGUCGACGCUCUAAAGCAAGAAAUUUUAACCAACAGAUCAGAUAACUCAGCAUUGCCGUAUGCAGAAAAGCUUAGUGAACGUCAGCAAAGGGUAGAUUCAUUGAGAAAAGAAAUAGGCAAGUUCAUCGAAGUGAAUCUAUCGGAGAAAACGAAAGACGUUGCCGCGUUGAAAUCGGAAAUUGGUACUUUUCGGGCGAACAGAAACUUUCAAGUGUACCAUGUGCGUGAAGUGAGCAAGUGUCCUGAUGAGGCGUCUGAGAACAAAGUGGAAGUGCAAGUGGAUGGAGAUACUAGGGCAGAGGAGGAAACUGCAGAUAAACCAUCAGGUAGUACAUCGACUGCUCCAGUUGAAACUUCCGAGACAGAUGAUAGAUAGAGCAGUUGUAAGAAAGUGGACACAGAUUCGAGACAGCUGGUCUAAAGAUGUCAAAAAAAGGAGAGAGUUGAAAAUGUUAGGAGAUCCUGGGUACUCUAAAGCUUACAAAUUCCAUAAACAGCUCUCAUUCCUGAAAAAAAUUAUUGAUACAUCGGACAUCGACGGGGAAAAUGAAGAAAGCAGAGAACAUAAUCAAAUCUCUGAAGAAAAAGUGAUAGAGCAUGAAAAGGGGAAUGAACAUGCAAUAAGUCCUAUGAUAGAAAACGUUAAAAAGGAUGACAAAGAUAUGAUGAAAGAAAGAAGUACAGCGACACCCAGCAAAGGAAGUGUGCAUGGACGUAGUUUGAAGAGAAAAAGGAUCGAAGUCUAUGAUAAAAUGCUCCAGUAUCUUGACAGAGAAGAGAAAAAUGAAAAUCCACAGCUGCAUUUUUUCAAAAGCCUUUUGCCAAUCAUUUCAACCUUCGAUAUAGAUGAAACGCUUGAAUUUCAGUAUGGAGUAAUCAGUUUGGUACAAAGCAUCAAAAGACAGAGACAACCGGAUGUUUACCAAAAUUCAGCAUCUGCAACAAAUUAUAACAGUACAGGCUACUGUAGGAAUUCGUUGGACAAUUCUCCACCACCAACAGUAUCAGCAUCUAUUGUAAAAUCUCCAGGGUCUAGCUUAGAGUUUGAAGAAGAAACUUUAGAGUUUUCUGACCUGUGAUAUACACUUUUUCCUACGACGAGUUCUAUAUUGCAAAAUAUUAAAUAUUAGGUUCAUAGUACACAGGUAGUUGUUUAUUGCACCUUCUGAACAAUUUAUUUGAUUCCCUUGGCUUAUUUGUGUUUUGCAUUUUUUCUGGGAUUUUUUUUAGAGAAUGCUGGAGAGCGUCGAAGUAAAAAAGGCGGCGACGCUGGCCAAUGUUCGGUUGAUUGUAAAUGACGGUCGCUAUCAUACUUAGAUACUGUUUUUUGUAUCGUAUUUAACCUUGUAGUACAAUUAAAUUCUAGUUGUGGGAUCAUUUGUCAUCAUCAAAGUUUAGUGGAAUUUUCUUAUGCGUACGUGUUUUCACUGUUUUCUCAGCAGAGACCACGUGGCGUCGUCCGUUUUCUUACUCCUUACAGCUCUACCCUGUGGUACUCACCGAUAUUUAGGCUCUAGGGUAGUUUACAUGGAACAAAGUAUUCAAAGGUGGCUUUUCUACACUCUGUUUACUUACUUUCAUCACCACCAACAUUAAUAUAUGUCAGAUGACGAAUGUGGAAGUACAAGUACAGGUGCCAUACACAGAACAUUCUGUUUAGAACCAAAGGCCAGUGUAAAACAAUCAACCUAGUGACGCCAACUCUUGUAAGGUGCAUGUAAUUAUAUAGGGUGAAAAAUUAUAAAAAUUGUAUUUUGUGAUUUGAAGAGAAC